CUCGAAGUUUCUAGUUCAAUAAAUUGCGAUAAAUUUAGAUAUAGUCAUAGCGAAGUUUGGGUCCCUUCCGGUUGCGCAAGGAUCUAACCAGGCUGUGAGGUUGAGACAAGCGCGGAAGCGACCCGAGAGCGUGCGAGGUAAAACGGCAUAGGAACAACGAAUAGAUACAAUAAAGACAAGUACAUGAAGCGAGAGUAGGAGUCGUUGAUGUUCGGUCAUCAAAAAGGGUUUAGCGCCGCCAAGCCCGUCGCUCCGAUAUUUCCUUCUACCAUCCGCCAUUCUUUUCUCCAUACAUACAUAUACCGGUCUUGAGGUUCGUUGAGGCCAGUAUUCCUUUUCAUGGACCUGUCUCUUUCUGAUGGACCAAGAGCAACGGCCGUUCUAAUCCUGGGGUUCGUCUUCGCUGGCUUUCGAGCCGGUCUCGGAGCCCCGGGUUCGCUUUACGCCUACAUUCAUCAUCUUCGCACUCUUUCAGACGGUGAUUUUGGACCAGUUGCGCGUAUCGCUGCGCGAGUCAUCGUCUUUCCUGGUGUUAUUGAUGAGCAUGUGGCUCAACGGGCGGUCUGGGCGGUGCCAACGGUUCCGACUCACAACCCUAGAGAAUCACUGCUCUUCGAGGCACUCUGAUGACAAGUGCUGACUCCGUGCGGCGGCGGUGUCGGCAGAGGCGCAGACCUGCAUGCAAUAUGGGAGCCGCGACACUGAUACGAGACCAUUACUCUUGUCGAGUAUAGUGGCAAACCGCUCAGCGUGUACGAGCGUAGCCGCGUGUCACCGCUCCACUCGGCUU